AUGGACGGAGUGCCGGAUUUGAGUGCACUGUUGAAGGGGAAGCUGCAAUUGCUUUCGAAGAAGUCGAUUCCUGCCGAUGUGCAAGGGUCGACCAGUUCUGACGCAGGCCGAGCUUCCAAGGAAGGAGCUCCUGGUUUAGUCGACAAAGACGUUGGGGCGGAGCCUCCUGCCUCAAGUCCUAAAAAGAAGAAGAAGAGCAAGAAAUCCAGGAGGAAAACGACCGAAGAGCUUCCUCUUGAAGAGAUCGCUUCUCUCGACGAAACCUCCGAGGGUUUGGAAGCAAUGAAGGGAGAGAGAGGAAGGAAGAGCCCUUACGAAGGGGCUAAUUCCUCCAUUGAUCACGGCGAGGCGCCGGCAGUAGGACGAGAAGGCGCUACAAGGGGUUCCGUCAAGUCUGACCGUUCCGAAGCGGCGCCUGAAGAACGUCCCAGAAAGAAGAAGAAGAAGAAGAAGUCCGUCGAGGCAGAGCCGCGUCGUUCUGAUGUGGAGACGGGCCUCGUCGAAGUUGUCGCGGGAGGCGACGUUUCUAUUGAAACCCCUCCUGAGGAGAGAGAGGUUUCAGCGCGGGGCAGUGAUCCUGUUACGGGUGAGAGAUCUAUUCCUGAUCCGUCUGCGAGGAAAGGGUCUCGUUCAGAAGGUUCUACUGUGAGGAGGAAGAAGAUCGAGUUCCCCGAUCGCGUCGAGUUUUCCUACAACGAGACGACCCCCCUAAUCCUUAAUCCUCUUAG